AUGAACACUACUAUCACUGGCAGUAUGCAGCAGCAGCAAGCAGAGUUCCAGGUUCCAGCUGAACAAAGCCCCCAGCAUGGUCAUCAUGAGCAAGAUCAGCACCAAGGAAUGGAGUCCACCUUUCCUUCGGAGCUGGCCAUGUGCUAUGAGACACUGAAUGUCAAUGAUGCCGACGAGAGAGUCGAUGGCCAAAUGGAGCGGAGCGGAGAAUGCCAGGCACGUAACGACAUGACCGUUCCUGUUUCUGCUCUGGAAGCGGCCGUAGAGAAAGGCAAGACUGUGCUCGGUGAACUCCUCGGCGUUUUCAACCAGCCCCAUGUCUCGACUGCGGAUACGGACUGGCGGGACGCUAUCAGCGAGCUGCUCGAAUCUGCUAGAAAACCGAAAGUCGUGAUUGGGGUGCUCGGGGCCACGGGCGCCGGCAAAUCGUCCCUCAUCAAUGCGAUCAUUGAUGAGAAGGGGAUACUGGCAACGAACUGUAUGCGGGCCGCCACGGCGGUUGCCACCGAGGUUGCUUAUAAUGAUGGCCCUCGGCGAUACAAAGCGGAGGUUCAGUUUAUCCAGCCUGAGGAGUGGAAGCGAGAGCUGGAGAUCAUGUGCCAUGAGAUGCUGGACGAGAAUCCGGAUAUAAACGCCAUCAAGACAACCAGGGAGAAAAUCAAGGCUGUAUAUCCUGAACUGGAUUACGGGAAUCUCGCAGAUACCACGAUGGAAAGGCUGCUUGGCCACCCGCGCAUCGCGAACCUGCUGGGAUCCUCGCUCUUGAUCGAGGAAGACGACACUCGGAUCUUUGCAGACAAGCUCAAGCCCUACAUUGACAGCAAGAGCGGAACAGCGCGAGGGGACGCAGGUCUCUGGCCGCUUAUCAAGAGAGUCUAUCUGUACGUCAAAGCCCAGGCGCUAGCAACAGGCGCGGUCCUGGUGGAUCUUCCUGGCCUGUACGACUCAAACGCUGCUCGUGUCGCUGUCGCAGACGACUAUCUGAAGCGCUGUGCGGCCCACUGGAUCGUAGCGCCCAUCAACAGAGCUGUGGAUGAUAAGAUCGCCCAGUCGUUGGUCAACAAGCAUCUCAAGUCGCAGAUGAUCUUCGAUUGCAUAUGCGAUAGUUUAACAUUCAUCUGCACGAAGACCGAUGAUAUUUCUGUCACUGAAGUCCAAACGGGUCUGGGGCUCGAAAGCCCGUCAUUUGAUCGAGAGGAGAAAGAGAAGUAUGAUUUGUCGACCGAGGUGCAAAUGCUCGACGAGGAAAAGGCGAGAGUCGAGGGUUUACUAAAUGAGACUCAAGAUCGCAUCGACAGCCUGGAAGACGAUUCGACAGACUAUCCACAGCCAUCACCCCUCAAGAGAAGAUGGAACAGCGAUGCGGAAAGCAUUUUCUCUGAAAUCCCAGUCAGUCAAGCUUCCGUGUGUGCAGCAGGCACGCCUGAGAGUUCUCAAGCUGUCCAAACUCCAACCCUAGGGUCAAAAGAGGAGAUCCUUCGUGAACUCAAGGCACGAAAAUCGGAACUUCGCAAACGUCGCAACUCCCUCAUUCAACAGAGAAAGGUCAAGGGAGAACAGUUGGAGAGGCUCUCAGUUGAUCUGGCCCAGAAGAACGUGAGCAAUAUCCAAACUUCCAUCCGGGCACGCAACAACUAUUCCAGGAAAGAGAUCACCAGGCACUUUCAGCACUUGAAUCGCGAAAAUGACAACAGGAUCCUGCAUGGCAAGAGUGAAUUCGAGGGGGACCUUCCUGUUUUUUGUGUCUCAACCAAGGCAUAUCAGAAGCUCCAAGGUCGGCUUCAGAGGAACGAGCCCCAAGUGGCCGGGUUCACCGAGUUGGAGCAAACUGAGAUACCCCAAUUGCAAGCUCACUGUAUCCGUUUGACGGAAGGUCCACGAGAGGCGUCAAGACUUUUGCAAGAAACAUCUUGCAGAAACUUGCAUGGCAGUAAGGGAUUUAGGGAAGUAGUCGCGGAUUGGAAUAAAGAUGUGCAUUGGAGCACCUACCGAGCGAUAUGCCGUCGUAGCGGGGUCUGGAAAGGCUAUAAUUGGAACAGCGAGGUGGCCCACACCAUGCUGGAUUAUAUCCGCUCCUACUGGAUCAGGACGUUCAACGAAGAGAUCCCACUGCAUCUCGAGAUCUUUUCCCUGAAUACCAAAACAUGCCUGCAUAUCUUCCACAAGAGCGUAGUUUCAUCUGCAGAUGAGAGUAUCGCGCGACGGAACAAUGCAAAGCUGCAGAAAACGCUAGGCACGGCCACCGCCUCCUUGAAACACCAGCUCAAAAAGACCGAGGCGUCCCUCAGAAAACGCCAGAAGACUGCGAACCGAUUGUUCGUUGGAGCGAUUGCGGCAGAGCUUGAAGGAACGUUCUGGCAGUGCGCAAACGAGGCCGGGACUGGGAUGCUCAAACGGAUGCAAGCACUCAUGGAACGUGAAGCCGACGUGAAUGGAGCACAAAUCCUGGAAAAGAGUGCCCAACAAGUAUCUGAAGCGCUAUCCAGCAUAUUAAAAGAGACCGAGGGCAAAAUCACUCGUAUGGUCCGCGUAACCGUGAGAGAGCUGGCGCGCGAUUACCACACAGCGAUUAUUACACCACAGAUGAUCAAGCUCUCGAAGCAAGAGAUGCUACUGAAAUUAGAAGUGGCUGAAGCCAUUCGCAAAGCAGAGCAGCAUCUCAUAUUGGACGAACUGAAUCUCAGUGUCGAGAAUGGACCAGCAACUCCGAACGACUCUCCGGCAGCGGUGGAGACGGGGCCAUAA